AGCCGCGCCGUCGUUCCGCGACGUCCAGUGCAGCAACUUCGAUAACUGGGUCUUCCCAGAAGACGGGAAAGUUCACCGAUGGACCGCGUACAAACUGCCCGAGGAUCAGCAAGCUUCGGAAAAUCCGUGCGGACUUUACUGCCUGAGCGAGACGAACGUGGUGGCCUCGUCGACGGCACCACCUGCUACAGGAAUAUCCGAGACAUUUGCAUCGGAGGUGUCUGUCGAGAGAUUCUCUGCGAUCUGAAUAUGGAAUCGAACGUCGUGGAGGACGCGUGCGACGUCUGCAAGGGUAAUGGCAACUCGUGCAGUCUAAAGAAUAACCGCGAUAACGAUCGUCGCGUCGUCCCGUGAGUGUAAUUACACCAGUGAUUUCCUUCCCUUUUCGAAGCAUCCUGUUUAGCCGUGAUUUCGCCUCUCGUUACUUGUUUCACAGUUAUCCCCGUUUCGUUGCGUUUCAUCGCCGUUCGAAACGCAUCGGGUAGUUUGUUUUAGUUUAAUGCCUCGGGGCGUUUCG